AUGACCGCCACCUCCUCCGCCGACGGCCACGAGCUCCUGCCGCGCACGGCUGCGGACUUCCGCAAGCAGAAAUACUGGGACGCGUUCUUCGAGAAGAGAGGCGAAGAGGCGUUCGAGUGGUACGGAGACUACGCGUGUCUCCGUCCUGCUGUGCACGCGUUGCUGGGGCUGCCGACUGAGGCGCCGACGUCACUGCUGCGCCGCUUGAAAGCCCAACUUCGUGUACUGGUCAUUGGCUGUGGCAAUUCGGCGCUGAGUGGCGAUCUAGCGGCUGAUGGCUUUACGACUCUGCUGAGCGUGGACUUUAGCGAGCGCGUGAUUGACGAGAUGAAGCGGAAACAUCCGGCGCUGCAGUGGCAAGUGAUGGACAUGACGGCCAUGCGGACGCUGGCGGACAAUAGCUUUGACCUUGUUGUGGACAAAGGAGCACUGGAUGCACUGAUGGCCGAAGACACUGCAGCUGUAAAGGAAGACGCCUGGAAGAUGCUGCGUGAAGUGCGGCGCGUGCUGGCCCCUGGUGGACGCUACUGCUGCGUGACGAUGGCCCAGGACUUUAUUUUGCAGCACUUGCUCGGAUUCUUUGUCAGUAGAGAGAAAGAGGAGGCAUCGUUCUGGAGCAUGAGCGUGCAGGAGCUCCAGCGCGAGAGGCGGAAGCCUUUUGUUCCGUUUCUUGUGGCGGCGCUCAAGUGCCGGAAAGCAGACGACAAAGCGCACGCAAAGGUCCGGUAUAACGCAAAGCAGUUUGUUAGUGGUAAUGGUGACUCGAGACUGCGCUGGUUGACGCACGAAGUGGAAGCGACGCAGUGGUUUGUGAUGACGCAAGCGGCAUUGCGUCAAUUGAAAGUCGGCCGACAGGAAGUGAUUGAGCUCAUUGCAAAUGACGAGACGUCCGUGGCGAGCCAGAGCGGUAGUCAGCCUGGAAUCAUAGAUGGACAGGUGAACCCUAGGUUUACCUUGCGUCUCGUGGACACGAGUCUGCACGGACCCAAUGGCAGUUGUGCCGUUUUUCUCAUUCCCCAAGGUCGUGAGCACGAGUGGAUGUUUUCAACCGAAGAGGGAGCGAGUGAACUCGCAGCGGGGGCUGGAUUCAGCCGUUUGAUCCUCGUCGCGUUUGGUCGUGGCGGCCACGCUUUUGAGAGCACUGCGAAGGUGCAGGAGGAGUUAAACGCGAAGAUCAUGGAACUGGCCCCUGACACGCUCGGCGCCGGUGAGAAGAUUCCGUAUUUGACGGUGGAGGAAGGUCUCGGUGCGCGUAAUAUUGUGCAUCGAAGCACGUCGUCGCUCAGCGGUGCUUUCUUUGUGGAGGAUGUGAAAGAGGACGGCGAGCUGCUUCGCCGCUUGGUGUUUCUUAGCAACACUAAUGUCAUCCAGAGUGAAGUUAAGCUGCAGAGCCGCAGCACUGCCAAUUCCACACCUCCCGCUUCUGUGCCCGUUGAAACCGACGUGCAAGUCGGAACUACCAACACGAUAUCUGGAGAUGCCACGACCGAUGCGAGAAAGAAGAAGAAAAACAAGAAGCAGAAGAAUCGGAAAAAGGAUCAGAAGGCUACGGCAAAGCACGCGAUCGUGGACACUGCCUACUUGGCUUUCGGUUAUCACAAGGGUAUGAUUGCGGCGCUUCAUGCAGCGUCAUUAUCUGCUAAUACGGAAGCUGACAUGCUGCACCGCACAUUGGUGCUUGGCCUCGGCGGCGGCUGUCUGGCACAGUACCUCCACGAUAACAUUGCUGGCAUGGACGUGACGGUGUGCGAGAUCGAUCCCGUCAUCGUAACGGUCGCUGAGCAAUACUUCGGCUUUCACCAGGAUGAACGGAUGCGUGUGGUGGUAGCCGAUGCGCUCGAGUAUAUUGCGGAGCAAUCUGCAGCAGCCCAGAGACCUAGCUUCGACUCUAUCAUCGUGGACGUGGAUGCGAAGCAGCGCGAUGUCGGCAUGAGUUGCCCACCUGUUAGCUUUGUUGAAGUCGCGCUACUACAACAAGUGCACAGCCUACUGAGUGCUCAUGGAGUGCUGCUUAUCAACGUUUCCUGCCGCGACAGCAAUUUGUACAAGGAAAUCAUCGCGCGACUCGAGCGGGUGUUUACCGACUCGCGUGUGGUAUUCGCCAUGAGACCGGGUGAGCAGGACGUUAACAGUGUCGUGUUCGUCCGCAAAACAGAUGCAAAGGGACCGGACGCCAAGACGCUGUUGCAGCAGCUGCACGGCCAUGGUCGACGUUGUGGCAAGGCUCAGAAUACACCUUGUUACGUCGAUGACGAGCUGUGCGAGCUCAUUCGCGACAUCGAAAUUGCCAAGUAA